AUGUCCAACUUCUUCGACAUCAGAGCACGACAAGCUGCUGCUGCCGCUGCGGCACAAGCAGGCUCAUCCAAGUCAUCCGCACCAGCACAAGACAACCGGUUACAGCCAUGGGUGGAGAAAUACCGCCCCAAAUCCCUCGACGAUGUCACCGCACAAGACCACACCGUCAUCGUCCUCCGCCGCACCCUCCAAUCCGCCAACCUCCCCCACAUGCUCUUCUACGGCCCCCCGGGAACAGGCAAAACCUCCACCGUCCUCGCGCUCGCCAAACAACUCUACGGCCCGGACCUGAUCAAAACCCGCGUCCUCGAACUCAACGCCUCCGAUGAGCGCGGCAUCAGCAUAGUACGAGAGAAGGUCAAAGACUUCGCGCGCAUGCAACUCUCCAACCCGCCUUCCGGCCCCGCAGGAAUAGAGUACCGAAAGAAGUACCCCUGCCCGCCCUACAAAAUCAUUGUCCUGGACGAAGCGGAUAGCAUGACGCAAGAUGCGCAAUCGGCUCUGCGCCGCACGAUGGAGACAUACAGCAAGAUCACGCGCUUCUGUCUCGUUUGCAACUACGUCACGCGCAUCAUUGACCCGCUCGCCUCAAGGUGCAGCAAAUUCCGCUUCAAAUCGCUGGACGAGGCGAAUGCGGGCAAGCGGUUGGAGGAUAUUGCGAAGCUGGAGAACGUGGCGCUGGAAGAGGGUGUGGUGCCGACGUUGCUGCGCUGCAGCGAGGGUGAUUUGAGAAAGGCAAUUACAUUUCUGCAGUCGGCGGCGAGGCUGGUGGGGGCUGUGCAGGCUGGGUCAGGCGCGGAAAAGAAGAGAAAACGAGCGAAUAUCGAGGACGAUUCGGACGAUGGGGAGUCGAUGGAUGUCGACAGCGAUGCGCCGCCCGCGGCCACAGGAGGGCAGGCGGUCACGGUUCGCAGUAUUGAGGAGAUCGCCGGCGUCAUUCCCAACGCUACGAUCGACAAUCUCACCACUGCCAUGAGGCCUUCCUCAAAGGGCACGGUCUAUUCGCGCGUGUCGAAAGCGGUGCAAGAUCUCGUCGCCGAGGGCUGGUCUGCUACACAGGUCGUCUCGCAGUUGUACGACGUGAUUGUGAUUGGCGACGAGGCCGUGGGAGAUUUUCAGAAGAGCAAGAUUGUACUGUGCUUUUCGGAGACGGACAAGAGGCUGGUGGAUGGGAGUGAUGAGCACCUGACCAUUCUGGACUUGUGUUUGCAGAUUGCUGGGAUAUUGGGGGCGAAGUGA